CAAGCAGAGGAAUUUGCAACUUAUCCGGCUCACUUGGUCACUUUGGCGGGUGUUAUUUAACCAUACUUUGCUUAUGUGUUUGCCUUCACAUGAAUGUGUGCUGUCGUCAUCAUUCCGUCGCUGUCUGUUGUUGAGGUGGUUCGUCAAGCUUUCCAACUGACGCGAUUCAGUCGUGAACGUCGAUUCCAACACUCCGGAUCGGGUUUUUGAUCGCGAGAACUGGGCUGACAAGGUGGACGGUGUCUUGUUUCUUUUGGUGUGUGAGAGAUAAAGAGAGAGAGACUUGAUCUGCACACAUCAGUGACAUUUUCCUGGGAAACAGAAGGGCUUCUGCGGCCCAAUUCCUGGGCAGAAGAAGUGGAGAGCAACAUUCCGCUGGUCAGUCUCUAAGCAGUGCUUCUGGGCGAAUCUUAUCAGCUGAAUUGCGCGCGUGGUGAUGAAUUGGGAGGAAGUGUGAACCAAGGCGCGAGAUUCAACGAGGCUUCUGUGAAAGUGCGAGGUUUAUCAGUGGUUGCUUUUGAUAAAAAAGUUUGCAAAAAACUGCCAUAACAGACACACUCCAGAGUCUUAUCAAUAUUUUGGGCGAGUGAAAUAAAAAUAAUAAUACAUAUAAUCAAAAAAAUUCUGCAAACAAGAAGUGACUUCGCCCGGUUUUUGUGAAAGUGAAAGCAAGAGGUAAAAUUAGAAUAAGAAGUAAAGCGCCAAGUGUUCGAUAUAAUUUCAUGGAAUUCUUGAGAGAGAGUGUUUCAAAGUGUGCGUAGAGAAAGAAAAAGGAAAAUAAAGAGUGAUUCAUCGUUUGGAAUAAAUUUCGUGGGAAUCAAUUAAAAAUUCAAUCGGUCAGAGACUCAAGUGUGUGAGUUGGCUACAAUAUAAGAAAAGAAAAAAGAGGGUAUUGAGUAAUAAGUCACUCUGAGGUUGGCUUCUAUGAACCAUUUCGUAUAUGGUGAAGUCAAGACGGUGUCUUUCGCAGAAAAACACUUCACCGUUCAUGAGGUCAUUGUUCAGUGAACUCAACCUUGUGUGUCCGCCAAUUGAGUCGCCUUAACUAAUUCCUUCGGGCUCACCGUCUUGUGCAUAAGUGUUCAUCGUGAACUUCAUCCACCACAGUUUUAAAUUGAAAAACAGCCGAUACCAAAAAUAAAGUGUCGCUCGUUGUGUUGUGCUUGAGAUUGUUGUGUAUUGAAGUAAAUAGUUUGUGUAGAGCAAUAAAUCGACCGGAAAUUAUAUAGCAAAAUAAUAAAAAAAAAUCAGCAGCUUCUGUGAUAUAGAAUCACACAAACCAAAGAGAAGCGCAUAAUUUAGCAAGAAAUAAAUUCAGCGGAAUUUAUUUCCACCCACUAUUUCAAUAUAUUAGUGUCUAUCAAAAGUCGUCAAGACGUCGUGCUCACAGAGAAUCUCCUCCAAAACUCUACCAUCCACCAAACGCGUGACGAUGCGUGAGAAAAAAGGAGGAGCCCUGCAGAAGCUGAAGAAGCGACUGUCACACAGCUUCGGAAGAUUAACAAUUUCGCGAGAGGACGAGGAAUCGCAUCAGCACCACCACCACCAUCACCAUCAUCACAGGGGUGGUCAUCAGAAUCACGGUGGAAAGGUCUUCAAUGGCUACAAUUCCGACGAGUUCUUGGACAGAUUGGAGCCGAACGGCAAUAUUCCGGCCGACAAAUCUGAUCUACGAUACGGAAAACAUUGGACAGGAGUCAACGAUCAUGAGCGUGUUCAGCGACAAUUGUCCGUGUCGUCCGACAGCAAGUUGCUCGAUGACGAUAUUAGGGAAGAGACGCGGGUUAUAAUGCGACCGAAGAAGCCGCCCAGACCCAAAUCCGAAGUGUUCCUCAACAAACAGGACCCGCAUCCGAGGCGGAAACGCUUCAGUGCAUUUGGGGGUGAUUCUCCAUUUGGCAAAUCGGACGCCUACAUCAAACUGGAACAACUUGGUGAAGGUUCCUAUGCGACAGUCUACAAGGGAUUUAGCAAUUUAACCAACCAAGUGGUGGCACUGAAAGAAAUUAGACUGCAAGAGGAGGAAGGUGCUCCGUUCACGGCCAUAAGGGAGGCAUCACUGCUGAAAGAACUGAAACACUCCAACAUUGUGACACUCCACGAUAUUGUUCACACUCGUGAAACUCUGACCUUUGUGUUUGAAUAUGUGAAUACAGAUUUAUCGCAGUACAUGGAGAGACACCCCGGAGGACUGGACCAUCGGAAUGUGAGACUCUUCCUCUUCCAGUUGCUCCGCGGCCUGUCCUAUUGUCACAAGAGGCGUGUCCUGCACCGAGACGUGAAGCCGCAGAAUCUGCUGAUCAGCGGAUUGGGCGAGCUCAAAUUGGCGGACUUCGGUUUGGCCAGAGCCAAGAGCGUCCCCAGCCAUACUUACUCUAACGAAGUGGUCACACUGUGGUAUCGUCCACCCGACGUCCUCCUGGGCAGCACUGAGUACUCCACGUCGCUGGACAUGUGGGGCGUCGGCUGCAUAUUCGUGGAGAUGAUAACCGGAAUGCCGACGUUUCCGGGCAUCAGAGACACGUACGAUCAACUAGAUAAGAUAUUCAAAUUGCUGGGAACGCCCACCGAGGAGAAUUGGCACGGAGUGACUCACCUGCCGGGAUACAAGCCCAAGCUCCUAGGAUUCUACAGGGCGAGAAAGUUGGGGCACAGCUUUCCACGUCUGUACGACAUUGUGGAGGGCGAGGCAAUGGCUAGUGCAUUUUUACAAUUGAACCCCGAAGGCAGAAUAGGCGCGGAAGACGCCCUGUCUCAUCCCUAUUUUGCGCCACUUCCUCGGAAACUCUACGAACUACCAGAUGAGGCAUCAAUAUUUACCGUGGAAGGUGUUUACCUCUAUCCGGAGCCCAAUCGCCAAUACAAAUGAAAGUUAAGGCAAGUGAUAUCCUUGGAUGGGAUACGCUCUUACUGUUGACCAGAGUCACCAACAAACACACACACGCGAUAGCCUAAUUGUGGCCGUCGCACAUCGAUCUUUAUUGGGGGGGCGGAUAAUCUUAUGCUUUUCCCACAAAUGUCUCCCGAAACUUUCCCCCGUCUUUUUCCCAAAAGCCACGCCAUGAAGAGAUGUAAAAGGAGUAAUCAAAAUAUUAUGCAGAGACAGAGAAAGAGUCCAUAUUUUACGAGAAAUAACAAUUUAUAGCCACCCAUUUAAUGGUGAAAGAAGAAGAAAAUAGCAAAUAUGAGAAGGAAUUUCACUGUGACAAGAGUUUGUUCUCCUUUUUUGUCACAAAGAUCUCUCCAAGCUCUAAUUGAAAGAUGCUCAAGGGAAUCAAAUAUUGAUGCCAAUUUAAAUGUGAAGAAAGAAAGGAAAAAAAAACUCAUGAAGAGAAGAAGAAAUCUUUAAGCAAACUAUUUUUCAUUUAACAACAGAGUUUAUCUAGUAAAUAAAAUAACACAAAGAAAAGAUGAUGAAAUAAAAAAAAGUAAGAAAGAGGAAUAAAAAACAUUGUAGAAGUGCCAUGAUCGAGUGUGAGAGAUGAACAAAUCACACAAGAAAAGAACUGAAGUCAAAUUUGUAAUGAAGGAUUGAUAAAUUAUUAUCGUAAUUUUUAGUAGUUCCUUUUAUUUCUCUUUUUUCGCAAUUUUUCCCUCCCCGACAAAGCAAA